AGGGGGCGAGGAAGGCGUUGCCGAGGAGCUCCCGCCGCCCACAGCCUGGAUAAGCAGCCUCCCUCCUUCCCUCAGAGUUUGGCCACUGCUUCGCCGCCCCGACUUGGCUCGCGAAGCAGGAGCCACGCGAAGGAACAAGCGGUUCAGGGCCGGGUCAGCGGACGGAGUGAGUGGGCACCACAGAUACCCGGCGCCGCAUUCCUGGGAGGCGGCGGCGGCGGCGAGUCCUUCUGUGGGGCUGCCAGAGAGAUAAAGAAGAGUUCGCCAUGGGGGUGCCUUUCCCCAGAGAGCAGGGUCCUUUCGGGGCGCUCUGGAAGCGGAUGAGCCGCGGGUGGAAGCCCCAGGAGAGGCCAGGCCCGGCAGCCCCGCGCGGCCUCGACGAGAUGCACCUGUCGCAGCAGAAGAGAAUCUGGGAGUCUCCACUACUUCUGGCUGCCAAAGAAAAUGAUGUUCAAGCCAUCAGGAAAUUGACCAUGGAUGGGUCCUGUGAUCUUUUUCAGAGAGGAGUUGUUGGUGAGACAGCCCUUCACAUAGCUGCCCUCUAUAAUAAUGAAAAAGCUGCUGAAGCUCUUUUGGAGAUUGCUCCAGAACUUAUCAAUGAGAAGAUGACAUCUGAAUUCUAUGAAGGGCAAACCGCUAUGCACAUUGCAGCAGCCAAUCAAAAUGUAAACCUGGUGAAGUGCCUGCUCAAGAAAGGGGCUCACAUCUCCACUCCUCGAGCGACAGGACUCUUCUUCAGGCGCAGCACCCAAAGCCUCUUCUACUUUGGGGAACAUGUGUUAUCCUUUGCAGCCUGUGCGGGAAGUGAGGAAAUUGUCCGUCUCUUGAUUGAAAAUGGGGCUGAUAUCAGGGCACAAGAUUCUCUAGGUAAUACCAUACUUCACAUCCUGGUCCUUCAGCCCAACAGGAUUUUUGCAUGCCACAUGUACAAUCUACUGCUCUCCUAUGACAAACACGAGGGGGGCCUUGUGCCUAUGGACUCAAUUACAAACAACGAGGGUCUCACGCCAUUCAAACUGGCUGGCAUUGAGGGCAACACUGUGAUGUUCCAGCACCUCAUGCAGAAACGAAGGCAGAGGCUGUGGUCCUUUGGGCCUAUUACCACUGUAUUCUAUGACCUCACAGAAAUUGAUUCCUGGGGUGAAGAGCAACCUUUUCUCGAACUUGUUGUCUCAACCAAGAAAAGAGAGGCUCGUCAUAUUCUAGACAUAACCCCAGUGAAAGAGCUUGUGAGCCUGAAGUGGAACACAUAUGGACGCCCUUAUUUCUGUUUCCUGGCAUUGUUCUAUGUCCUCUACAUGAUUUGCUUCACCAUGUGCUGUGUUUAUAGACCUCUGAAGUAUCGACUGGACAAUCGAACAGAUGAUCGGGACACCAGGGUUUUACUCCAGAAAACACUACAGGAAUCCUAUGUGAUGUAUGAGGAUCAGCUUAGACUUGUGGGAGAGCUGAUCACAGUGAUAGGAGCCUUGGCAAUGUUGCUUCUAGAGAUUCCAGAUAUUCUUAGAAUUGGAGCUGCUAAAUUCUUUGGCCAAACCAUCCUGGGAGGACCUUUCCACAUUAUCAUCAUUGCAUAUUCAUGUAUGAUUCUGGUAACCAUGGUAAUGCGUCUCACAAGCACUGAUGGAGAAAUGGCACCAAUGUCCUGCGCCCUGGUACUAGGGUGGUGUAAUGUUAUGUAUUUUGCACGAGGAUUUCAGAUGCUCGGGCCAUUCACCAUCAUGAUACAGAAAAUGAUAUUUGGAGAUCUUAUGCGAUUCUGUGGAUUAAUGGCAGUUGUGAUACUUGGCUUUGCAUCAGCCUUUUACAUCAUCUUCCAGACAGAAGACCCCAGCAAAUUGGGACAGUUCUAUGACUACCCCAUGUCUCUCUUCACCACCUUUGAGCUGUUUCUUACCAUUAUUGAUGGACCUGCCAACUAUGAUGUGGACCUGCCAUUCAUGUACAGUGUGGUGUACUUUGCAUUUGCCAUUAUUGCAGCUUUGCUCAUGCUCAACUUGCUUAUUGCCAUGAUGGGUGACACUCACUGGCGUGUGGCCAGUGAACGGGAUGAGCUUUGGAGAGCUCAGGUUGUUGCCACUACGAUCAUGCUUGAGCGAAAGCUCCCACGGUGCCUCUGGCCUCGCUCUGGCAUCUGUGGGCGAGAAUAUGGCCUGGGAGAUAAGUGGUUUCUCAGGGUAGAAGAACGCCUUGACUCCAGCAAGCACAAGGUGCUUCGCUAUGCAGAGGUAUUUAGAAACCAAGACAAGGAAGAGCUUGAUAGGUUUUCUGGGAAACUACAUCUGGGUGAACAUUCCCAAUUCAAGAAGGAAUCAUCUCCAUCUGUCUCACGGAGCACAUCCCGGAGUAGUUCCCAUCGGGGCUGGCAAAUCCUGCGGGAGAACACCUUCAACCGCUUCUGUGGGGAAGUGAAUCAUGCCUUAGAAGAAGAGGUCUACCAUGUCUGAGGUUCCUCUUGACUGACUUUACUUGCACACCCAAUUGGUACCUUGUGGUGCAUCAUGGAUUCCUCCAGAAGUUAAUGGGAUUUCUUGACAGAAUUACCCAGUUCCAGGAUAGGCGCUCUAAUCUCAUCCAUGUCUGGAAGCUCCUCUCAGAUACAAUGCCCUUGCACUUCUGGACAAUCGAGAUGAAAUGUGCAGGGUCAUUUUUGUUGUUUGGAUGUGCAUCUUUCUGGAGUAAUUAUUCUAAGGAGAGCACCGGUAUUUAACAACAUCAAAGAGAUUUGGGGGGAAUUAAGUUACAACCUGUCCACCAGUAAUUCUCUUAUCUCUCAACAUGUUCUCAGGCAACAUUUCACUAAAUCACUAAAGAGACGACUCUAUGGGAAAAUUAGUUCUAAUACAAAUAAUGAAUGUAUUUUUAUAUUUAAAAAACCUCAGGGAAUUCACCUCAACUAAAGAGCCUAUAAACAGACAGCUAGCAUUCUAAGAGGCUGUUUGGCUCUACAGACUUGAAUCCUGUCUGCCACACUGUGGUCCAGAGAUGGCCAGAAUGGAUUAUGCCUUUUUGGCUAUGAUAUACCAAUGCACUUUAAGACAAAUAUAUAACUGGGUGUUUGAUCCAAGACAUUUUGCAUUAUAUCAUAGGAAUUUUGAUUUGAAAGGGAAGGAUCAGAAUUGUUUUUGCUUGUCUCAACUAAAUUGUGCUAAUAUUUCCUGAUGGGGCGAGUGCAGAAGACAUUUGUGAACUCAUUUUUGGUGAGUUACCAUUGCCCCUGUUUUUCCUUUAUAGAUGAGACUGAAGCAGUUGCUAGUUCCUGUGUGCACUGCUUGUGAGGAGCCAUCUUCAACUGUUCUGUUCUGUUCUGUUCUUGGCUACAUUUUUAAAUGUCCCUUUUGAGGCAAAAGAAAAUAUAGAAUGCAAUGCAGACAUUUGAAUUAGCCGGGCCUAAGUAUUCCUACUUCCAGGGUGCUGCAUCUUGGUGCCUUCUGAAUAUUAUUGUCACAGCAUUAUGCUUAGAGCAAGUCUGAAAUUCCUUUUUAAGUAAACUAUACCAAAGGUAUUUUGGGAGGAAGUUUCAAAAGUUCAAUUAAGAGUAGCAAAACUCUCCCAAAGUUUUUGUAUAGAAAGAAACAUAAAAGCUGCUUGAU